CGCCCUUUGGCACGGUCCUCGAGACCUGGGAGGGGACCUCUGCGGCCUCCAGUUGCUGCUGCUUCGUCUUCUCUUGUGGCGUUUCUGUGCCUCAAGAGCCCCUUGACCAGAUUUUCCUUGUGCCUGCUGGCAAUGUCCAUGAUCCUGUCUGCCUCGGUGGUCCGUGUGAGAGAUGGACUCCCUCUAUCUGCUUCUACUGAUUAUGAGCAAAACGUUGGUGUGCAGGAGUGCCAAAAAUACUUCAAAACUAUUGCAAAGAGACUUUCUCAGCUUCCUGAUAGAUGCACACUUCAUGCAGGACUGUAUAACCUAAAUUUUAUUAGUUCCUUGGGAGUGAGUUACAUGAUGCUCUGCACUGAAAAUUACCCCAGUGUCCUGGCCUUCUGUUUCCUGGAUGAGCUUCAAAAGGAGUUCAUCACGACAUACAACAUGAUGAAGACAAAUACAGCUGUUAGACCAUACUGUUUCAUUGAGUUCGAUAAUUUCAUUCAGAGAACCAAGCAGAGAUAUAACAACCCACGGUCUCUGUCGACAAAGAUAAACCUUGCUGACAUGCAGACGGAAAUCAGGCUGAGACCACCUUAUCAAAUUUCCUUGUCUGAAUUGGGUUCAGCCAAUGGGUAUCCACAUGUACCUCUUCCAGAAUACAAAGGUACUGGGAAAAUAUCUACAGCCCCUCACCAGCGACUGGAACCUGUGACUUUGUCAGGGAUUGUUUCCUUUCUACUCAGCCUUUUAUGUGGGGCUUUGAAUUUAAUUCGUGGUUUUCAUGCCAUAGAGAGUCUUCUGCAGAACGACAGAGAGGACCUCAGCUAUGUUAUUGCCUUUUUCCUCGGCACGGCAGCUUGUUUAUAUCAGUGCUAUCUGUUUGUGUAUUGCACAGGCUGGCGGAACAUCAAAUCCUUCCUAAGUUUUGGCUUAAUCUGCCUAUGCAACAUGUAUCUCUAUGAACUACGCAACCUCUGGCAGAUCUUUUUUCAUGUGACUGUGAGCGCUUUUUCAACGUUACAGAUCCGAUUGAGGCAGCCACAAGGGAAGGCCCCUGAUUACAAUGUGUGAUGGUUGUCCUCCAGCAAGUCUCAAGGCAAACUUGAUCCAAGCAGUAUUCCUCUCAGGAAUGAAACACUUUUCUGCAAGACAGACGCUUCCCAUAGUCUAGGGCAUUAAUGACAGAGAAAUUCUUCUUCAAAGAAGAGCUGGAAAUGGUUCGGGACCCUGUUGCGGGACAAAUGAAAACCCUGUGCAGGAGAAUGUACCUCAAGGGCAACGUGAGAAGUUUGGAGGGGCAGCAUGAAAAUUCCACAUCCAGAAGUAUGAAAAUGGCAAGGAGCUUGUUCUGCAUAUCAAGUGAUUCCUUCAGUCCCAUACCAGGUUUGCCUUUGUGAGAUAGUAGAAAAGGCUGAAAUAAAAGGAUGGUGUUGCAUAUUAACAAACUGUUCAAUAUGAAUGAAUUUCUAAAUGCGAGAUUAUUGGAUGCACGUAAGUUUAAUGGUGUGUGUCUGCAUUUUCCUUAAUUAAAAUCUAACCCAGAACCAUCUGUUCAUGGGGAUUAGUUCCUGGGCCCCAAAGGCCUACCAUCUAGUGCAGUGCUCAUUCUGAAUUGCUUUGUUUCUACCCCUCCCCAACUUUUUCUGUGUAAUUUGCUUUGAAAGAAAUUUGGAAAGUGACCUCUCUUCUGCAGCCCCAGUAGCAAUCUCUAAUGCUUUUCUCUAACGCUUGAAGGAUGAAAAGAAAUUGACUAGCCUCAUCUAGGAAAGAGCCUAACUUCUACUAAUUUCAAUUUAAUUGUCUAAGAAAAACUUCUGGGAACAAAGGAAAUUAAAAGUACUGGUUGUGAACAACAGAUCUAUUGUAGAAGAGGUGAGCAACCUGACAGAAUCCUACAGUGGACCAAAAUAGCCUGCCAUCAGCAGACCAAUGAGGGAGUGUGAUGGUUAUUCAUUUCCACCCUCCUCUAACCCUCUGGAGCAGAUUUUGGGUUAGCUGCAGGGAGGGAGAUUGGGGGGGGACCCAUGUUUCCUUCCCUAUUUCAUUGGUGGCCACCUUUGCUGACUCAAUGAGCCUCCCUCAUUUUGAGGAUUAUCACUGGAUACAACCCUACUAAUCUCACCUUAAUGAGAAAAGUAAACCUGCUGGAUUGCAUUGCAUCCUGUAUGUUAAGUAGCAGCCAUGAGAACAAAAUGCCUUCACAAUGAAGGUAGUUGCAGAAGUUUCCUCAUGUCCAGAUAAAAGUUGUUGAGGGUUUGUGAGGAUUUUAGCAGCUGGGGGUUCAAGAGAUCUGUACUGUUCCACUGCCAUUCUAAACGCACGUCAGUCAUGAGAUGAGGAAGCUUUUCUCCCAGAGACAAACUUAAGAUUCAAGAGAAGCCUGUUCUAUGUUUAUGCUUGCAUUUAAUAAACUCAACAAUCUACUCCCACUGAUCUAGGCACAAGCUUUCAGUGUGAAAACUUUCUGUAGAGAUUCUAGCAAGAAAGUGAUGAUGCCAGACUGAAGUUAUAUUGUCCUACCUACCACAUCUCUAAUGUUUUAUGAUCAUCCUAGGCUUUAAUUGUAAGAUGUCACCUACACAAAAGUGGUAGUUUUUUUCAGUAGGCAAUAAGAUUGUCUAGUCUUAGUUUUACUAUGAAUCCUAAGCUGCUUUACGCACUACAAUAACUUCUAAAGCAUUAUUUUAUAGGACAAUAGUGAGUGGGCAGAGACUACCCAAUCAGUAUACUCCCGCACUACUUGGAACACCCCUGCCCUUGAAUUAGAUGCUGUACCGCAGAAGUGGCUGACUGUUUUUGUCCCAGCAUCAAUUUUUACCCUUGACUAACCUCUGGACAGUGGCCACCCAAAACCAUUGCAUGCACACAUAGGAGCUCCCUCAUCUACAUAGAUCAGCAGAGGAAGGGUUAAUCACCCUCUCCCUGCUCAUCAAAUGAUUGCUAGGGAGAUUUGCACCCACAUCAGAGUGGUGAGCUCUACCCACUGUAGUGCUAGGUCUAUUUUUUUCUUUCUGCCACUGCUGCCAAAAUGGAUGAAGCUUAUUGGGGGGAAGGGUAGAGGCAGAUCAGGCCCUAGAUCUGGAGGUCAGGCAUUAUUUUGAAACCACAUGCAAGUAAUGUGUGAAAUACCCCAAGUAUAUUUGUUGUAGACCCAAAUGUUAAUAACAAUACACACAAAUUCUUCAUUUAUCAUGAUAGGCAUACAAAGAGUCCUAAACUGGGUCUUCCAGUUGCCCUAGUCUAGUUGCUGUUCUUGUAUGUUAUGUUUUCUUUACCUUCAUGAUAAUUUAAAAUAUAAGUAAAGGAACUCCUGCCAAAUGAGGGAAAGACUCACUCUGGUUGCCAUGGGAUGCUGCUUUUGAUGACUUUAGGCAUCAGUUUCCUAGCUGCAAAAUGGGAAUCCUGAUCAUUUCAAUGAAAAUGUAAAGUGCUUUGUAGAAUAAAAGUGCUGUAUAAAUAAAUGCAGAAGCAGCUAUAAGAUGGUCAAGACUUCUGAAGUGAGGUCACUGCAACUUACAUGGGGGUCUUUGUGGAUUUUUUUUUAAAUGAAAGUGUUUAUCACAGCCAACACUUCAAGAUUGGGACAUUAAUGAUAUAUACUGUGGGGUGGUGGAUACAGCUAGCACUAUAGGCAACUGGAGCCUGCCCUAAAUACUUUCAUGUCUGUAAAGAGUCAUAGCCAAGGGCUGAGCAUGAAAAUGUUCAGGGCAUGCAACUCUGCUGAGGCUCUGACUUCUCCAAAAAGUAGUAAGCCUUCAUUUUGGAUUUCAUACAUGUGACUAGAAGCACUGACAUAAAGUAUGCUUACAGAUGCAUAUUGCAGGCACACAAUCCAAGGGUGAAAAGCUAGCAGAAUUUGUUUAAGGAUUAAAAAAAAUCCCAUCACAGAACACAGUGUUAUCUAUCAUAAGUCCCAUUAUGUGACUGUGCUGGAUUGUGGCCCAAUUUUUGGGGGGGGGGGGCGGAACUAGGAAAGAUGCUGAGAGUUAUGCAAUACCAAAUGAUUUAAUUAUCCUAACUGAAAAGAUCUAUAUCUAGCAAUCCCCCUAAUGUUGUGUUAUGUAAUGGCUCCCAUGCUUUCUAAGUGCAAAUCGCGCUCAUGACCAUACUCUUAGCUAGCAUGGAACAUCUAAAAUGUUCCUCAUCUGUGCUGGAGACCACCACUGUGCUUGCAAAAUUAACAACUAAGGGCAAUUUGCCUGUCUGCUUUCCCCACUCACCUUAACAGGGAUUAGCACAAGGAAAAGCAGCAUGCAGGGACCCCACUGAUGACUUAAAUAUGAGUUCAGGAUGAGUUUCUCCCUUAUUGUUGAGCCAGCAACCUUCCCACCCACUAUCUAGAGACUACCUUCAGAGAUAUUGAGCACCUGUGUUAUUAUCUUAAAACAGAAGAAAACAUGUUACAGUGAUCGGAAAAUAUAACCAGUUGAUUUCAGAAUAUUUUAUACUAACAAUAUACUGCCAAGCACCAUAAUUUCAAACAGAGACUUACCAUUCCAGUGAAGCAGAUCCAUAUGUGGGUGAAGGCUCCUUUACAUGCACAGGUAACAUAGAUUGAAUCGGGCACUUCUACGUAAAUCCAAUUCCGCACCACGUUGCUCAUCUGUACUGAAUUACCCAGACCUGUAUUUAAAUGCAGAUGGCUAUGCUCUUGUGCACACACACACAAAACUACUAGCUCAAUUAGUUGAGUAGGACUAGACCACAGCCUACUGCUUCCAGCUGCCAAAGUUCUCCCUAAAAUACAGUUUUGUUGAAUCUGACAUACAAAUGAAAUAUCCCAAUCAGCUCCUUCAUUUAGAACCAAGGGGCUGAGAUUAAUAACCACCUUCGCUGUAUUCAUCUGAAUAUUUUACCAUUUUUCAUCCAGUCGCAGAGAAGUGAAGAGAAACCAUUGUACAAAGUCCAUUCUCUUCUUUCUGUGAUGCAGCAGGCACAAAAUAUCAUCCAAAAAUUCAUACGUGAGCAGGACUAUUUGUUGGGACAAGUUACACAAGUCUGGAGCUGCCCUUACUGAACUGAUGAAUCAUACCAUUGUGAUGCACAAAAUUCUAUUGUCACUCCCGCCACAAAACAUUAAAUUACAUUCCUACUUUUGUAGCUUUUAAAAAACAAACCAGACUCUAAUGAAUAAAUAGAAACAUUCACAAGUGAAACAGUGUUUUAAUAUAAUUGUUAAAUUACUUAAACAGAUUGCAAUUUCCAUGGGAAAUCAUAACUGUAUCACCUUUUGCAAGAGCCAGAAAAAAGACUGCAUACCCCUUGAAAUGAUCCUGACACAGUCAUCAAUCACAGUCAGAGAUACAGGUAACUGAAAACUGAAUUGACAACACAAUUGCGCAAGGUGGUCUGCUCAAAUGUUAAGAAUGCACAUUUCAAAGCAGGAGGCAAACCUAAAACAAAAUGAUCCUAUAUUGUGCUAUUAAUUAAAAUUUGGAAGUGGUAAAUGACGGUAAGAAUGAAGGGUGGAAGGUGAUGAAGAACAAGCUGCAGUACUGUGUAAAUAAAGACCUUUGCAAAUCAAAUGGCAUUUCUUGAAAAGGUUCAAAAAUAUAGUACAAGGACAGACUUGGCAGUUUUCUAGGAAUCCGGCAACUAUACUAUCCAAGGGUGUGCCCUAGUAGAAAGGGAGGGGAUGAAAGGAAAGUGGGAUGCUACUGACACUCUAGUCUGAAACAGUUUAAUAGCAAUAUUACACAUAUCACUGAGACCAUGGAUUUUACCUUAUUUUUUGGUCAAAGGUGACACUAACCCCCGCCCCCUCGCCAAUGUCAUAAUUGCCAGUGCUGGGUAAUCAUUAGGUAAUGGAAAUUCUUCCCUGAGAAGAGUGGAAAAAGUAUGUGUCAAAAUGUUUGAGUCAUUUUUGAAAUUGCCAAAUUCAAUAUCAAAAGUUUUCCCCUACUGAAAUAUAAAAAUAUAGGUUUUUAUGCUUUUAUACUUUUUAAUAAAAUAUGAAGGGGACCUUGAUUUUAAAAGUUGAAAAUGUAUUUAACUCACUUAUACAUUUAUUAACAGUCCCCCUCUUUUUUAAAAAUAAGUAUUGUUCAGCAGGAUAGGCCACAUCAAUAUCUUUAGAGAAUCAAUCAAUACAUAUGUUUUAUUAUGGG